UUCUAUGAACUUAUGAAGGGACAGGCAAAGAUGGCUAAGCAACGAAUUGUUUUAGCUUCCCUGUAUCUUGGAACAGGAUCUUUGGAACAGGAAUUAGUGGAUUGUAUUGAAAUAGCUUUGGAAAGCUCAUUGAAGGGAUGUGGGAGUCCCAAUUUUAGAGUGUCCAUCCUGUUAGACUUCAUAAGAGGAUCCCGAGGCCAGAAGAAUUCUCGAACCAUGCUGCUUCCACUCCUGAGGCGAUUUCCAGAUAAGGUCCGUGUCUCUCUCUUCCACACUCCUAAGCUACGUGGUCUUCUCAGACAUCUAAUUCCUGAGCGUUUUAAUGAGACCAUCGGGUUGCAGCAUAUCAAAGUCUAUCUCUUUGAUGAUAAUGUGAUCUUGAGUGGAGCCAACUUAAGUGACUCUUACUUCAGCAAUCGACAAGACCGUUACGUCUUCCUGCAAGACUCACCAGAGAUUGCAGAUUUCUUCACUGAGCUAGUAAAUGCAGUUGGGGAUGUAUCUUUACAGUUACAGCAAGAUGACACAGUCAAAACUAUAGAUGGGAUGGUCCAUCCUUACAAAGGAGACAAGAUGGCCUAUUAUGAGAUGGCAAAUAAGAGAGUGAUGGAAGUGAUCAAUUCCGCCAGGAUCAAACAAGAACAAUUGCACACUCAGACUUCCUAUAGCAACAGUAUGGAAGGAGAAAUCUCAUCCUGUGAUCCAAAGGCAGUUGGUGAUGGGCAAUCAGAACCAGAUACAUGGAUUUAUCCACUAAUACAGAUGAAGCCGUUUGGGAUUCGGAUAGAUGAGGCUGUCACGAAGACCCUCCUUAUGGAAGCAGAGCAGGGUGCCAGCAUAUACCUCACCACAGGUUAUUUUAACCUCACAAAAACAUAUGUAGAUCUGAUUCUAGGCACGCGGGCAAAAUUCCAGAUUCUACUAGCCUCACCGGAGGUGAAUGGGUUCUUUGGAGCCAAAGGGGUGGCAGGUGCCAUCCCUGCUGCCUAUGUUUACAUUGAACAGCAAUUCUUCAGCAAGGUGUGCGGCCUAGGUCAGGAGGAGAGAGUUCAGCUGCAGGAAUAUACCAGGAGUGGAUGGACUUUCCAUGCCAAAGGCCUCUGGUUGUACCUAGCAGGAAGCAGCCUGCCCUGCUUAACUUUGAUUGGUUCUCCUAAUUUUGGGUACAGGUCAGUUCAUCGUGACCUGGAAGCACAGAUUGCAAUAGUGACAGAAAACAAAGCCCUACAGCAGCAGUUCCAUCAGGAGCAGGAGCAACUUUACUCUCGUUCUAGUACAGUGUCCUCCUCAACAUUUGAUCAGCCAAGUCGCUAUGUCACUGUGGGUGAAGAUGUUGACGCCUCUGAUUAAGAACUUCUUCUGAAAUAAAGGGAGGCAGGUCUUCU